ACGCUACAUUAGAAAUAAUAUUUGGCAGCUCUUCUACCAAGUGACAAUAAUAUUAUUUAUACACAGUUUAUUCAGCAUUCGUUAAGAAAUGAAUGUGUUUCGAAAGGAUAGCGGAAAAGCAACUCUUAGGCAACAGGACGAAGAUGAAGAACCGGACUUCACUAAUGGUAACUAUAGAAAGAACCUCUGGACAGAUGGCUCAUCGGUCAGGUGUUAUAAACCCAAAGAUCUUUACCCGAAUGCACCUAAACCCGGUUAUAUACCAUCUUGGCCUCUCGAAUUAUAUCACCCGGUGUAUGUUGGAAACUUUAAAGUCCUAGCCUGGGAUGAACAUGUUUGGCACAAACAAGUGUCUGAAUACUUUGCCUACAAAGGAUUGCUCACAAGGAUGAUUUACUUUCCCCAGCUUACGGGGGAUUCUUUCGUGAGAUUCCAAAAGGCCAACCGGUUGAUAGACAUGCUUGUUUAUUUUACUUCUUCUGCUGAUGCACGUAAAGCGGUUGUAUGUUGUCAUCAUGAUUCGUACUACGGACAUAAACUAAACGUACUCUCCGGACGGAAGCCGUCUUAUUUCGAUAAAGUUAGAACUGUAAAAUUAUGUUUGCCAGAUAAAAAUACUAAUUUUGAAUCGGAAACCUUUAUUGAAAAAGCACUGUCUGAAUUUGGAAAAGUGGUGUAUGUAAUGAAGUGUUCGGUCCAAAAAGCAUUCGUAGAAUUUGAGUCAAAAAAGGCAAUGUUUGAAGUUGUAUCCAAACAAACCUCAUACACACCGUUGGGAAUAAAAAAGAUUUUGAGACAGAGAAUAUUGGAACCGAAAAUCAUAGCAAGCAUCAAGUCUGUCAUAAAGUUAGACCCGCUUUUCAUGCAAAUGAAACCCGCGCCGGACAUACUUCAGUGUCUUUACGAAGGCAAACGACCUCCGAUAGAUACGGCAUGGAUGAAUCAUGAUACUCCCGUCCCAUCUAAAGAUGCACGAAAUAACAAUCAAGGCACCUACGGAAAUCGACAAGCUCUUCUGCCGACUCCAUCGACUUCUGGUCAACAUACAAAAACUCGUGUUGAAGAAGAGAUAACGCCAUCGACACGAGACAUAAAGCAAGACAUUCAAACGUUCUUCAAAGAGACCAAAAAGCAAAAUAAAUUGCGCCAAAUGAAACGUGCCAGAGUGCAGCAAAAGCAAAGGCAAAAACAAUUAAGGAAGAAGGAAAGGAAUGAUCGUAAGGCUUCCCAAUCAAAUCAGGUUCGUCAAAGAGAAGAAUCGCAAUAAUAACAUUGGAUAAGAAUUGAUUUGAACUAAUAAAAAUACGGAGUCAUUUGUGAAAGAGAA